UGCACCUCUCUCUCUCUCUCUCAUAAAGCAAAGUGGUACAUAGAACUUUCACGCACAGGCCUUCUCUCUCACUUUUCUCUUAUAUUUUUCAGCUUUUUUUAUAACUAGUUGCAGGGAAAAAGGGUUAUCUUUCUUUCUUUCUCUGCAGAUACCAAUUUGGUUCUUCUUCUUCUUGUUGUUCUUCCUUUUCUUCUUCUGCUGCAUCCAUGGACACUGCUCAAUGGCCACCACAGGAAAUUGUGGUGAAACCCUUAGAAGAGUUGGUGACAAACACAUCAUGCACAAAGCCAGCUGCGGGCGCUGCUGCUGCUGCGGCAGCAGCAGCAGGGGAGAGGAGGCCAAGACCUCAAAAGGAACAGGCCUUGAACUGCCCAAGGUGCAAUUCCACAAACACCAAGUUCUGCUACUACAACAACUACAGCCUCACCCAGCCAAGGUACUUCUGCAAAACUUGCAGAAGGUACUGGACUGAGGGUGGCUCUCUCAGGAACAUUCCUGUGGGAGGAGGCUCAAGGAAAAACAAAAGAUCGUCUUCUUCAACAUCAUCUGCACCAUCUUCUUCUUCAUCUCAUUCAUCAUCCAAGAGACUCCCUGAUCUGGUUCACCCACUUGUCCCACAAUCCCAAAACCCCAAAAUCACCCAUGACGGCCAAGAUCUCAACUUGGGCUUCCCCACCACGCAAGAUUUCAGAACCACUCUCUCCGAUUUUCUCCAUGUGCCCAACAUUCAUGAUGCCCCGGCUAAUGCCAAGACCCAUAGCAUGAAUAUGAAUAUGAACAUGAACAUGAAUAGUACUAGCGUUACUGCUACAACUUCUGCUGCUGCGGCUUCUCAGCAUCUUUCCGCUCUUGAGCUGCUGACCGGGAUCACUUCUUCGAGAGGGCUCAACUCGUUCGCGCCGAUGCCGAUUUCGGAUCAGAGCACAGUUUUUUCUUCGUCCUCUGGGUUUUCAGCCCUGCAGGAGUUUAAGCCAAACCUUAAUUUUUCACUGGAUGGGCUUGGGAGUGCUGCAGGAGGGUAUGGGAGCCUGCAGGGGGCUCAUCAGGAUACAAGUGGGAGGCUUUUGUUUCCAUUUGAGGAUUUGAAACAGGUCCCAAGCAGCACAGAUCACCAUCUUGAUCAUCAGCAGAAUAGAGAGCAAGCUGAUUCAACUGGGUACUGGUCUGGAAUGAUAGGUGGGGGAUCAUGGUAAUUAAUUAAAGGAGAUGAAAAAGGAAAGCAAUUAAUCUGGUUUUUUUUUUUCUUUUCUUUUCUUUGAUUUUCCCUUUGGGGUUUUUUUUUUUGUUGAAAAUUUUCAUGGUGGUGGGUGACUUUGUUUGGAUUUCUUCAGAGCUAACAAAUAGGAUACAUGGGUUUCUAUCCAGCUCUCUCUCUCUUUCAACUCUAGCUAUAUAUCUCCUUUACUCAAUUUCUUUUUAUCUUCACUUUACCAUUUGGUGCGGUGGGAAUUGGAAGCUUAUUUUAGGGUGGCUUCAUGACAUAUUUGGGACAGUUCUGCAAUACCCAAGAAUAGAAGAAAAAGAAAAAGAAGAGAGAUCAUCACUCUAUCACUCAUCACUCAUCCGAGAAAACUGAAGAAGCCCAGAUUUUUGAAGGGCAGCGAGUAGAUUUGAAGCUAAGGGUUUGCUCCAUGCCCUUUGUUUGAUUUGGUGUACUGUUGUUUAAUUAAUUUCCUCCUUUAGUACCAAAAAAGGGGGGAAUUGAAAGAAAGAGAGCAGGCUGGCAACCCACUCUCACUUGGCAUAUCCAUCAUUGCUUGGCUUAUUAAUGCUUCAAAACACAAUAAUAUUGUAAAAAUCUGCGUUUAUUUUGUAAGCAGCUAGCUAGCUUUCAGCUUUAUGGGUGAAAUUGAAAAUGUCUCUGGUUCAUUAUUUAUA